AUGUUAGCGAAUGACAAUAAAACAGUAAAUGUUAUCGCUGAAGCAUGCUUUCAUUCAUUAACAAAAGUUAAAGUCACAGCCAUAAAAUUUUUUCUUGGAUCAAAUAAAGAAAAUCAAGAUGAUGACAGCGAUAAUAACGUUGAGGUAGAUUUACCAGAUAUUAAAAGACUUCAACACAUAAAUCAAAUUAAUAAAUCUAAAAAAUCUAAAACUAGAAAAUUAGAGAAAGCGCUUUCCACU